UGGACGAAAUUAGCCCCGUCGCUGCAGCAAUAAAUUUGCUAGUCAGUGUUCAAAUUCCCCAAAAAGCUGAAAACCACCAUGGCUCAAAGCUCUUCUAACAAUGGCGGAACCGAUCAGGUUUUGGUGGAGGAGAGAGCAAGUGUAAGAACAAUCAUAUUAAAUAGGCCUAAGCAGUUGAAUGCACUUUCUUUUCCAAUGAUAUCUCGGCUGUUGGAACUUUUCCAUGCCAGUGAAGGCGAUUCAAAUGUGAAGAUGAUAAUAUUGAAGGGAAAUGGAAGGUCUUUCUGUGCUGGUGGUGACGUUACAGCUGUUGUUCGUAAUGUUCGCCAAGGUAACUGGAAACUGGGUGCUGAUUAUUUCCGUGAAGAAUUCACCCUUAACUAUUUGAUGGCAACAUAUAGUAAACCCCAGGUUUCUAUCCUUAAUGGAAUUGUCAUGGGAGGUGGUCUUGGUGCUUCUGUACAUGGGAGAUUUCGAGUUGCAACAGAGAAGUCGGUUUGUGCUAUGCCUGAAACAGCUUUAGGACUCUUUCCUGAUGUAGGUGCCUCUUACUUCUAUUCGAGGCUUCCAGGAUUCUUUGGGGAAUAUGCUGGUCUUACUGGUGCUAGGUUGGAUGGUGCUGAAAUGCUUGCUUGUGGUCUAGCAACUCAUUUUGUACCCUCGGAGAGGUUGCCAUUUUUAGAACAAGCGCUAGCUAAAGUCAAUACGAGUGAUCCAUAUGUUAUUUCUACCAUCAUUAGUCGCUUCUCAGACAUGCCAAAGUUGAAAGCAGAAAGUCCUUAUCACAAGAUGAAGAUUAUUGAUCGCUGUUUCUCUCGAAGAACAAUCGAAGAAAUCAUAUCUUCUCUAGAAAAUGAGGCUUUGAACAAGAAGGAUGACUGGAUCUCUUCAGCCAUCCAAUCGCUGAAAAAAGCAUCCCCAACGAGUCUUAAAAUUUCAUUGAGAUCUAUAAGAGAAGGGAGGCUGCAAGGUGUUGGUAGUUGCCUUGUUCGAGAGUAUAGAAUGGUUUGUCAUGUGUUGAGGGGAGAAUUUAGCAAGGAUUUUUUCGAGGGAUGCAGAGCCUUACUCAUCGACAAGGAUAAAAAUCCUAAGUGGGAGCCCUCCAGACUGGAACUAAUUAGAGAUGAUGAUGUUGACCGUUACUUCUCCAAGAUAGAUGACGAAGACUGGGAAGACCUAAAGCUGCCUCCAAGAUCAAAUUUGCCUCCAUAUGCAAUUGCCAAGCUUUAAAAUUGACUUGUGAAGAUCUUGCACUACUCUACAGUAUGUUGCUCUCUUUUCAGUAAAUCGUUAUGAAGGCCCAAUAAUCAUUAUAGCUUGCUGUUUCUGGGGGUCUCAAGGGGGUGUGGAAAAAUAUCAGACUAAUAAAGGAAAAGAGAUACAAUUCGAGUUUUUUUUUUUUUUUUUUUGAUUAUUUACAAAGUAUCAUUCAUGAAUAUGAUCAAUCACAUUAAGUUUGGCUUUGAAAUUUAGCCUACUUCUGCUGGUUUAUCAUGGAGAACAUUAAUAAGUUAAGUUGAACCACCUGGUCCACCCCCCUCCCCCAAAAGAAAACCCUUAGCUUGUUUGGAUAGUUGUUACCUAUUCUCAUAUUUAUCGGAUGAAAAGUGUAACAAUCAAUAUGGUGUGAUUGCGUUUUUUUCUCUCUUA